AUGGCUUGUAGUCGUUCUGUCAGUUAUAUAUGGAGAUAUAUUGUGAGAGUGAGAGACCUCCUUAAUCCAAAGUCUUCCAGUAGUCUUCACCAUCAAAAGCUAGGACCUUACGUUGAGAACCUUGCUAAACUAGCAGUAACGUCUUUUGUUAACAUAAAUGGACUAAUGGACGAAGGAAACAAAGCAAGAACUGUUGCAGCUACUAACAUGAAUGAGACCAGCAGUAGAUCACACGCUGUCUUUACUAUCAUACUAACACAAAGGAAGAAAGACUCUCUGACUGGACUGGUAGCAGAAAAGUUUAGCAAGAUUAGUUUAGUUGAUCUGGCUGGUAGUGAGAGAGCUAAAGACACUGAAGCUGAAGGGAAAAGACUUCAGGAAGGAAUUAACAUAAACAAGUCGCUGAAAACGCUACUUAUAGUCAUUCAUGCUCUUGCAUCAGCCAAGAAGAAAGGAGACUUUGUACCUUAUAGAGACUCAGUACUUACCUGGCUACUCAAAGAAAACCUUGGUGGUAAUUUCAGGACAGCCAUGAUAGCUGCCAUCAGUCCAGCACAGAUAAACAAUGAGGAAACACUCAGUACUGUAAGGUAG